GGUUUCUAUGCAUAUAUGAUUUUCAAACUACUAGCAUCAGUAUUGUUUGGAUUAAAUAAUUGAAGGUGACGAUCUAGUUGAGUGUUUAUGCUAGUCAAUGAUUUUUAAACACUAUUGUAUCUAUGUAAUGCCAAUUGUUAGAAUAAUGUUUAAAUGAUUAAAUUCACCAUUUUCUAACAGUUUUUGGAACAAGUGAUAGUUUAUCAUGUGAUGCAGGGCAAUUUCAGCUAUAUCCUAAUCCUCUUAUAACUAAUUAGUUAGUUUGUUAGAUAAUUUCUUAAGCAUUAGCCGUUAGGAUUUAGACACUUGUCAACCAUCUAGAGGCUACAAAUGCCAAACAACUAGUAUAAGUAGUAGAAUGUAAGCUCUUUGUAAAUCAGUUUUUGGUAAUUGAAUGAAUUGUUAGCCAUUGUGUGCUAUUUGGAACUAUGUGUUCUUGCAGAGGUACUUAUCCACCUAUCAAUAUGUUCUAAGCAACUCAGCCUUUCAUUGUUUCUAAACCAUACACAAGCAGCCCAUCACAUUCCCUGCAUCAGUUUAGUAUCAGAGCUUGAGAUCCUUAGGAUUCAAGUUCGUUUGCAAUUUGUUUCUUCAUUUUCUGUCCAAGAACCUAUCAAGAUUCAGUUUUGAUUACUUUUCCUAGCCUAAAAUACCUCUCUUACCAAAACCAAAGCCUUCAUAUGUGCUAGCAAUUAGUUUGUAGUAGCAAGAAGCCAUGGUUUUUGAGAAGACAAUGAAGGAUAAGGGCAAGAAGCAAGCUGUUCUUGUAGUAGAUGAAGAUGAUAUUGCAGCCAUCGGACCAAGGUGUAGAAGGGUUCAAAAUGGCUUAGAAGCUGAAAUGGAAUUAUUGAGGAGGCAACUACAAGCCUUGACUGAACAGUUGAGAAAAGAUAGGAAGAUACAACAGCAAUACUACCAGCAUGAUACUGCUGGAAGUGUAGCUUUAUAUGAGGAGGAUUAUGAGCAACCUUUUGUUCAUAUUCCUAGGGAGACAAGAGAAGUAUGGCCACAAUCCUGUGAUGGUUCAACCGAAGAUGCCAAACCAGAAUUGGGAAUCAAGAUUUGCGAUUGAAUUCCUUGAAUUUGAUGGUGGCUUGGAUCAUGAGGAGUUUGUGGGUUGGCUUAGCCAAGUUGAAGAGAUCUUUGCUUGUUAUGAUAUUCCAGAAUCCAAGAAAGUUAAAUUGGCAGCAACUGAUUUGAGAGGCAAGGGAAGAUCUUGGUUUGAGCAGUUGAAGAUUCAAAGAUUGAGGGAAGGAAAAAACAAGAUUCAAAGUUGGGAGAAGCUGAAACAGAAACUCAAGAAGCAAUUUUUUCCGUACAGCCACAUCCAAACCCACUACAGCAACUUGCACACCUGCUGGACAAAUUCAAAUGCAGCAAAUAGAGCAGUGUUGAUUGAGACUCAGGAAACAAAGAGAUCACAAUCAGCCCUUUUCAAUUCAAUAACCAGCCCAAGUGGUGGUGCUGCAUCAAACUUCACUAAGCAUUGGAGGCAGCCAACCAAGAAUGUUGAGAUUGGGUCAAAUACUACUGGAUCUAAUGAAGUUUCCAAGGUACCAACCAAGAACCAGCCUGUUUUGUCAAAGGGUAAAACCUUGGUGGUUGAAGAGAUAGAAGAUCAAGACUUUCUGGUUGAAGAGUUAGAAGAUCAUGACGUGGGGCAGCCUAUUUUUUAUAAUUACAUUUAAGAACAGAUUGGUGAAGAAGGGAAAGAAAUGAGUUAUAGCAUGAAAUAUGUGGCUGAACCUGUUUAUGAUCAAUCUAUGAAAGAAGAAGAUGUUAUUGUUGAGGAAGAAAAGGAUUUAUCAUUAGUAAUAAUGGCCUUGCAAGUUCCAAAGUAAGAAAUGGAGGAAGACAAACAACAUAGAAGUAAAAUUUUUCCAAUUAAUUUCUGCAUUGAAGGAAGAAUUUGUGACUUGUUGAUUGAGAAAGGUAGUUAUGAGAAUUUAGAGUCACGAGAUUUUGAACAAGAAUUGAAGCAUCAAUAUAAACUGUCUUGCUUACAUAAAGGAGAUGAAAUUAGAGUUUCAAGAGGUUGUAUUUCAUUCUUUGUGAUGAAGUAGAAAGACAAUCAUGUAACUACAACAGGCAAGCCAUCUUGGGAGGAAGGUGCAGCACACUUGGUUUGCACAAGUUAGUGCUUCACUACUCAUUGCAACCAAAGAAGGAGAAAGCAAGCCCCAAACCAAUGGUCAAGACGAAGAAGGCUUUACAAUUGGAGGAUCAACCAAACUUAAGGACAAGUUUUCUUUCAAGAAAGGGAGUCCUCCUAAUCAAAUGCAUCUACAUUGGAGUUUCAGUUGUGUGGGACUUUGCUGUGCAGAGGCAGCAACAUUUGGUGUGCUACCAACAACAGCAAACUCAUUAUACAAGGCAACUGCAUCAUCCUAGAAGGCUAGAAAUUCAUAUAAAUCUUGUGGCAACCAAGAGCACUUGAGGUCAAGUGCUUCUUAAGAGGGAGAGUUCAAAUGUAGGGCAAUCUCAAGUAGCUAUAUCCUAAUCCUCUUAUAACUAAUUAGUUAGUUAGUUAGAUGAUUUCUUAAACAUUA